ACAGUAUAUUGGUAGAAUCGACGCGGAUAACACACGCGACUCGCCUUAGUGCUCGGUUUUAUUCGCAUUUUCGUGUAUUUUCGCUAUUUACUUUUUUUACUAAUAGAAGUACAGGAAGCUUCGUGUCUUAGGAAGUUCAGUGAUAUUACGGUUUCAAGCUUUUUUAUCAAGUGAUCAAGUUCGCGUGUCAUCGACCUCGUCAGGAUGGGGUAGUGCUUGUGACUUGUGAUUAAUUGACAGCUGUUGUUUAGGAGUGAAUUUCUGUUAAUCUUAAAGGUGUUAAAAACUGUCAGCCAUGUAUUCUAUGAACUAUAUCGGGAAGUUCAUUGCGAACUUUCGUGAAUUCUAUAACGAGAUCAAUGGAGCGACGUUAACUGGUGCCAUUGAUGUGGUGGUGGUGGAACAACCUGAUGGUAGCUUUACAUGCUCGCCUUUCCACGUGCGCUUCGGCAAACUCGGCGUUCUCCGCUCCAGGUUUAAAGUGGUGGACUUGGAAUUGAAUGGAGAGCCUCUAAACAUACAUAUGAAGUUAGGGGAAUCGGGCGAGGCGUUCUUCGUGGAGGAGGUUGGGGAGGACGAAGCGGCGUGCUCGGCGCACCUCGCAACCUCCCCGAUCCCGGCGACGCGAUUUGAGGAGUUGUACGAGCCACGGCGAAGAAACUCGCUGUCCGCCGUCGAGCCCGACCAUGGACAAGCCUCUGACUAUACUAAGCGAAGGUACACCGCAGACGGUCAAACUAUGCAGAAACCUAACUUAAGUAAAUUAACAAAAAAAGAUACCAAAGAAGAGAGUACUACUAACAAUAAGAAUGACAAAAAUAAUGAAAAUGAAGCAUUGUUCGAGAUGGAAGGUCUUGACGAGGCGAGCGACUGGACUGACGGACGGACGCCCAAAACUUUUGCGGCGACACAAAUCGGUGGUGCAGGGAGUGAAGCUAGUCAAACUGUGCAAAAAAUUAGUGCCAAUAACGAUUUUCGACCUAUAGAAGCCGUACCCUCAAACUUAGAGGAGCUCAAACAGAACGGCAACGGAAAGAAAAAGAAGAAGACUAGGAAGAUGAGCUCGAAAAAAAAGCAUCAAAGAAAAUCAUCGACGAGCUCGAUAUCUAGCCAGUCGGACCGAGCUGGUUCUGAACAAAGAGCAUCGCAGCCGGCUUCCAUACCCAACGUCACUGAUAUCAACUUCUUCAGUGAUAGCGAAAUCAACGCUGCUGCUCUCAGCGAAGAGAUGUCCAACCUGAAGUUGAACGGGGAGAACCGCAUCCCGCUGGCGUUGUCCGACACAGCGUUUGAGGUGCACGCCGCCUCCAGACAUGCGGGCUCUCGGAAUGGUACGCCCGUGCAGUCUGACACUGAAGUGGAGCUGGCUCGUACAGCUGGCGGGGAUAAGUCUUCGCAAUCUUGGCGCUGGGGAGAAUUACCCGAACCGCCAGUACGCGUGGAGGCUUCUGCCACCCCUGAUUCCCCCGCCUCCCCUGCGUCCCCCGCGUCUCCCGCGUCCCCUUCCUCACCCACUGAACCCCUAAGCUCUGAUGAGGAACGAUCUGCGAGACGAGGCGUCUUGUCCGGAAUGUUCCGGUUCAUGUCUACUCGGGAAGCGAAUGAGGUGGCCACCGAAGGCGUCUACCUCGACGAUCUCGAUCGCGGCCAAGUCGACCCUGAUCUUUAUUUAACGAAACACCACACCGAAAGAUACCGCACAGGCGUGCCUAACGUCCCGCAUCCCGCGGGCGGUCCCACCGAGGAGGAGUACGAGUCCGGCAACGGCCCCUCGCUGCCGCAGUCGCCGGCGUCGCUCGACCCGCCCGUCUUAGAUUCAGAUGACGACGAAAAACUAUUGGCUAAAGGUCAAGUGGGGGUAUACGUACGAGAAGACGUUGUAUCUCGCGCUCUGCCAUUCGAGGAGUUCUGCGCUCACGGCGCGACCCUCGCCAACGAGGGCAGGCUGCUUGUGCGGCUGGGCGACCGCUGGCUGCCGUGGCGCAGCGCCGGCCCGCUGCUGCUGUCGCUGCUGGCCUACCGCCGCCCGCUGCCCACUCGCGUAUUGGAGUCGCUGGAGAAAGAGUCAGACAAAGAAGGGCCGAGAACUGUGGAUAUUACUACCAAACCACGCGGCUACUCCUGGUGGAGUUGGCGUCGAUCAAAUUCGGAAACUAAACGCUCCGAGUCCUCAUCAAAAGACGAAUCUGAUAAGAAAAUGGACGUGACACAAAUAGAAACUGUGACCGAAGUAACGAUGGAAUCGAUUACGGUGGACGAGCCUAUCUCUGAAACUGCCCCUGCUGAAGAGGUCCUGGAAUCACCGGAAGCGGAAGAGACUGUUGUGAUCGAGGAAGUCGCAGCCCCAGAACCUGAACCUGUGAUACAAGAAAAAGAUGACCUCCAAGAAAACAGUUCCUCCGAUUCCGAUCAGGAAGGAAAGCGAGUGCCCAAACGCCGACACUCUACCUUCCGGAAGACGCUAAGGCUGUCAUCCGAACAAAUUAAAGAGCUGAAUCUCCGCGAGGGCAUGAACGAGAUGGUGUUCAGCGUGACGACCGCGUACCAGGGCACCACGCGCUGCAAGUGCAACGUGUUCCGGUGGCGGCACGACGACAAGGUGGUCAUAUCCGACAUCGACGGCACCAUCACCAAGUCGGACGUGCUAGGCCAUAUAUUUCCACUGGUGGGCAAGGACUGGGCACAGUCGGGGGUGGCCCAACUCUUCACCAAGAUAAAGAACAACGGCUACCAGUUGUUGUAUCUGUCUGCCCGCGCUAUUGGCCAGGCCAGAGUGACACGCGAAUACCUCCGCUCGAUUCGGCAAGGGGAAGUAUGUUUGCCUGAUGGGCCGCUAUUACUGAACCCCACGUCGCUGCUGCGCGCCUUCCACCGCGAAGUCAUAGAGAAGAAGCCCGAAGAGUUCAAGAUUCAAUGCUUGGCGGACAUCAAAGCGCUCUUUCCGCAGGGAUCCAAUCCUUUCUACGCGGGAUACGGCAACAGAGUUAAUGAUGUGUGCGCGUAUCAAGCCGUCGGCAUACCGAUAGUAAGAAUAUUCACUAUCAACUACAAGGGCGAACUCAAACAUGAAUUGACUCAGACAUUCCAAUCGACGUACUCGCAUAUGUCAGUUCUGGUAGACCAGGUGUUCCCGCCAGCUCUCUGCGAGCCCUCCGACGAGUUCUCGCAAACUAUGUACUGGCGCGAGCCGCUGCCCACAAUAGACCUACCCGAAGUCGCUGUCGUACCUACUAAGAACAACUGAGUUUACUCCGCGAGUUUUAAGCAUAGAGGUAUAAGAAUAGAGUAGGGGAGAUAUAGACUCUACUACAAGUGGAAGUGUCCUUCUAAUAGAAAGAGAAAGAAGAUGAGAGACCGCUAGUUUUCUUUUUCUAAUCGCGCAUGCGCAUUGGCAACCGUAAGCAUCUUCUACUAUUUCGAUGUGAUGCUUGGACCAACUAUUGGACAGACAACUGCGCCGUCGACGACGACGACAUGCGUCACAAGAGAGAGAGAAGCUUGCGGUCUCUCAUCUUCUUUCUACUAGACGGACACUUUUAGAGCCGCCUUCCCGACUCUAUUCUUAUACCUCUAUGGUUUUAAGUGUUCGAAAACUAUAAAGCAACUUUUUCUUCACAUACUUAACGCCACUCAAAUGUCUGGAUACGUAAAGUGACUGUUGUUUUCGAUAUUUUAUAUCAGACAUAGAUUUCAUUCUACUACUUAAUCAAUUGAGAUGUCACUUAUUUAUUCUUGUUCCUGUGUUUUGAAGUUAUUAAAAAUUAAAUUAAUGCCACUUUAUGUUAUAUUUAUUUAAAUUAGAACUGAAUUUUCAAUCAUUAGAUAAAAUUUAUUAGUCAUUUAAAUUAUUACCUAAUAUAAGAGUAACGUAAUCACUAAACAACGAAUGACAAACUAUGUUAAAUUUACCAGUGUAUUAUUAUGAUGUCGAAGGCGUAAAUUUCAUCUAGGGAUUGAAAAAACAGCCCCUAUAAUAAUAGUUAGAAACAAAGUUUAGUUGAAGAGAUAAAAAGGUGCUUAGUUUAAAUUGAAAUUUUCACAUAAAUAAUUCAAAAUUACAUAUUUAUUUUGUUACUACAUAUAUCAAAUAAAGACACCAACAUGAUUUUUGUCACUCAGUGUGAAGUUGCUUGAACGAUAUAAAUGACCGUAAAUUAUUUGUGUAAAUUUUAGAUAAUUAAUCAACGAUACUCUGACCUCUUAUUAUUGGUCAAUCUCAACACUAAUUUGUCUACAAUACAUAAAUUGUAUGCUACAUAAUGUCGCCCGCUAGAUAAAUGUUGUGCCUUUACAAAUUGUUGUCACAGUCAAAUAUCUUGUAAGAGUACAUCAACUUCUUUAAGAACACAACCUUGCGGAUUGGAGGUAAAAAAAACAUUAAUGCUCUUUGACAUGUCCGUAGAUGUAAGUCAUUAAGGAAUUAUGUAACCAUUUCAAUUUAUAUUUAUAGUUAAAAUAUUCAUGUGUCGUUGUGCACGUUCACUUGUAAAACCAGCUGGUAGAGAACACGUUAAUUUUAGGGCAUAUUCAAGUAUCAAGAUUGCUCAAGUGGGAGCACCACUGAAACUAGAAUUUUAAAUAUAAAAGUGCGCUGGAACAUAGCAUGAUUUUCAAUCAUUUAAAGUGCAGGUGGUCUGUUUUAUUUUGUCAUCAUAAUAAAAAACCAAAGAAAUUGCGAACUUUUAAAAACAUUUCUUAUCAACUUUUAAGGAUGAACAUUUUUGCAACUUUCUUUUGUUGACAAAAAAUAUGAAUUAUUUACCUACUGCCCUUAAAUUGGUAGUGUGCAGAACUAUAGUUAGUUUUUAAUAUAUUAAUACCCACUGUUUACUGUACCUUAUUGUAACUGAAUUAUUUCAUGAUAACUAAACUAUUAUUUUUCAUGUACAAACGUUGCACCAAAUAUUAAGUAUAGCCGAAUCAAUUGCCUAAAAAUGUAUGCACAGCUCCUGUACUGCUUUACAAAAGUUAGGAAAUAAUGUAAUGCUGAAAAUAGAAAUAAUUUACAAACAUUGUUAUGUGGAAACGUCUUUUUUUUUGGUCAUAUAAAACGAAUGUUUCACGUCAUAUGUAAUACUUACAACUACUGAACUGUUUUUCAAUAUAAAAUUAUAAUCGUUAGUCAUGAUCAAAUUAGUAACAUUAUGAUGGAUUAUAAUUAUGCGCUCAUGACAUCCCAAUGAAGUAAUUUUAUGGUUUGAUAUGUCUUAACUUGUGCAAGGUGAUAUUAUUUUUGAUACUGAUUUUUUAUAUAUCUGCAAUUCUACGUCCUCGCCCUACUCAUAAUCGUAGAGUAAAAGUAUAGUAGUAGGUACAUUUUUUUUUUAUGAGCGAUGGCCAUUGAAAUGGUGUCAAAAACAUGGUCAACAUGAAGCUAACAUCAAAAGUAGAUAAGUGUAGAUAAGUAGAUAAUAUGCACAGAAUUAGUAUGACUGAAUCUGGUAGUUUACCACAUUAGUCAAGCCUCAUUCAUUGUAGAUGAAAUUGGUUUUUGGAAUAAAAUAGCAAUUCUGGAUGAUCAGAGGGUUUCAUGAGCGCUUGUAAACGUUUUAGUGUCUGUAGAUUUGUUUGAGGGAAUGUGGUUGGAAAUUGGCGAUAGUCUCAAUAAUUACUGUCAAAUUUACUGAUUCAGCUUAUUUUAUUAUUACCACAAGUGUGCACAUGGCGUUUAAUUUUGAUUUUUGAUUAUAUUUUCCUAUAAACCAUUUUUAAAACAUAGGUAGGACUUAUGUUUUUCCCUUUCAUGUGACUUUUUAUUUGAUAUUAUUAUUUUACUUUUUAGUAGGUCAUGGAUUGUAAAUUUAAAUAUGACGUAAUAAUUUAUGUUUAGACUGUUUAACUAUACUUGGCAGUUGUAGUUUUGGUUCUGUAGAUUGCGUAGCUGUGAUGUCGACUGAAUAAACAAUGCUUUAUUUUUAUACUGUGAUUAUUUAUAUAUUUGUACGUCAGCUAAGUAAUGUUAUGUUUAAUAUACAUUCACACACAUUCGCGUUAUGAAAACCUAGUUUCAUAUACAUAGAUAGCUUUGUCCUGUAUAAUAUUUUAUAUACAUUUUUAGAAUAAUGAUAUAGAAAAAUGUCGUUUUUAAGCAAUAAAAAUUUGUUUCAAAACAUGAAUUGCUUUUGUUUAAUUUGAUAUUUUUUGUAGAAUAAUUUAUUAAGGUUUCUGUGAUUGUUUCAAUAAACGUUUAGACUGUAA